AACGGUUAACUGAUCAUGUACCAGUGUCAUUACACAGGGAACAUGGAGAACUACCGUUCUAAGCAAGGUAAAAUAAACUUUUCGGUUCCCAGGGGGGGGAAGAAGUGGGCAGGACUUCUGACGUGUCAGACCAUCCUCCUUGUGCUGAUUGGCCUCUUGGUAUCCAUCAGCACCAAUCAGGCAGCUGCAGAGCCCCUGUCAAAUGCCACUCAACAUGGGGAGACCCCUGAGGAAGAGUUGGCCUCCCUGAGGUUGAAUCUGAGGACUGUGCUGCAUCACUACAGCCACCUACGUGAUAACUACGCCAGCCUGGCACAAAACUGCUCUGCCACAGUGGUGAAUUUCACAGACUGUCCUAAGGGGUGGCUUCAUGAACUGGUAAAUGAAAAAUGUUACUACUUCAGUAAUGACAAGAUGGACUGGCCGAGCAGCAGAGACAAUUGUACAUCAAUGGGCGGCCACCUUAGCAUCCUGCACAGCAAGAACACGCAUGAAGCCCUGGAAAAAGAGGCAAAUAGGAUUGGUGGGUUUAAUAACUACUUCUGGAUCGGCCUAUCAGACAGAGAGCUGGAGGGGGACUGGAGAUGGGUGGACAACACAACGCUCACAAAAACCUUCUGGAAACAGUUCAGUUUGGAGCCUGAUAACAACAUCUCCGGUGGGGUUGAAGGGGAGGACUGUGUGGUCAUGGAGAGUAACACUCAUGCCUGGUCCGACGUGCCCUGUGACUUUACCUACCGCCGCAUCUGUCAAAUGGAUGCCAUCCCCAUUACUUCCCCUUGAAUCAGCGGGUGAACGACACCGCUGACCAUGAAAUUAACUUAGAGUGGCAGGGAUUCAAUAGAAGGCGCAUUGCAGGGUUGCACUGUUGACAAUGUGCAUUUCUACAACGUGCAUUGGAUUGAAUCCCAGUCGCGGUAUGUAUAAUCAGUCAAAACAAAUGAAGAAGUGACAGUUGGUAUCUACUUGUGUUGGUGUCUACUCACCACUGAAGGUAUUUCAAUAAAGCUGCCAGUCAGUCACCCAUCAGCCACUGCUUGUUUUUUACUCUGUUUAAUUCAAUCAUUUAAACACAAUCGAACGUUUUACUUUACAGUCCUAUAACACAACAACAAUAACCCCUGUAUUUUCUCUGUUACUAAUUCAAACAAUUCAGCAAAACUUUGGAACGAGCCUGAUCACGCAGCAGUCUGCUCACACCACCUGGAACCGAAGCCCUGGAAAAAGAGGCAAAUAGGAUUGGUGGGUUUAAUAACUACUUCUGGAUCGGCCUAUCAGACAGAGAGCUGGAGGGGGACUGGAGAUGGGUGGACAACACAACGCUCACAAAAACCUUCUGGAAACAGUUCAGUUUGGAGCCUGAUAACAACAUCUCCGGUGGGGUUGAAGGGGAGGACUGUGUGGUCAUGGAGAGUAACACUCAUGUGUGGUCCGACGUGCCCUGUGACUUUACCUACCGCCGCAUCUGUCAAAUGGAUGCCAUCCCCAUUACUUCCCCUUGAAUCAGCGGGUGAACGACACCGCUGACCAUGAAAUUAACUUAGAGUGGCAGGGAUUCAAUAGAAGGCGCAUUGCAGGGUUGCACUGUUGACAAUGUGCAUUUCUACAACGUGCAUUGGAUUGAAUCCCAGUCGCGGUAUGUAUAAUCAGUCAAAACAAAUGAAGAAGUGACAGUUGGUAUCUACUUGUGUUGGUGUCUACUCACCACUGAAGGUAUUUCAAUAAAGCUGCCAGUCAGUCACCCAUCA